GAUCCUCUUAUCCUACCAAUCCAAACCGAUGCCAGCAAACACUCUUUCACCACCACACACACUCAUAUUUCCUAGUUGUAUACUACAAGCCCAAAAUAGAGAGUGUGUUCCUGUAAGUGAAUACAAUGGCAUCCUCACUGCAAGCUGCUGCAACUUUUAUGCAGCCCACCAAACUGGGUCGCCCAGGAUUACAGCUCAAGCCUUCUUCUCAAUGCCUUUCCAAGGCCUUUGGAGUGGAGUCCUCUGCUUCCAGGCUCACCUGCUCUUUGCACUCUGAUCUCAAACAAUUUGCUGACAAGUGUGCUGAUGCUGCCAAGAUUGCUGGUUUUGCUCUGGCCACUUCUGCCCUUGUUGUCUCUGGCGCCACUGCUGAAGGUGUUCCCAAGCGGCUAACUUAUGAUGAGAUCCAAAGUAAGACAUACAUGGAAGUGAAAGGAACCGGAACUGCCAACCAGUGCCCAACAAUUGACGGUGGAACUGAAACCUUCGCUGUCAAGCCCGGAAAGUACAAUGCCAAGAAAUUCUGCUUAGAGCCAACAUCAUUCACUGUUAAGGCUGAGACUGUGGGCAAAAAUGCCCCACCAGAGUUUCAAAAGACCAAGCUCAUGACCCGACUAACCUACACCCUUGACGAGAUUGAGGGACCUUUUGAAGUGGCAUCAGAUGGCACCAUCAAAUUUGAGGAGAAAGACGGAAUUGAUUAUGCUGCUGUUACAGUCCAGCUUCCAGGAGGGGAGCGUGUGCCGUUCCUUUUCACCAUCAAGCAGCUUGUAGCAUCUGGCAAACCGGAUGGCUUUUCAGGAGAGUUUCUCGUGCCAUCUUACAGAGGCUCCUCCUUCCUUGACCCAAAGGGCCGAGGUGGUUCCACCGGUUAUGACAAUGCAGUUGCAUUGCCAGCUGGAGGGAGAGGAGACGAGGAGGAGCUAGCAAAGGAAAAUACUAAGAACACGGCCUCUUCAACAGGGAAGAUCACCUUUACUGUGACUGGUACAAAGCCUGAGACUGGAGAGCUUAUUGGAGUAUUCGAGAGCCUUCAGCCAUCUGAUACCGAUUUGGGAGCCAAGGUUCCAAAGGAUGUUAAAAUUCAAGGCGUCUGGUACGCGCAACUUGAAUCAUAGGGUCUUCUGAGAAUCAAUAUAUCUUCUUUCUUGGUUCAGCUUUUUUUUAUGAAGUAAAAGAUGUCUUUGACUAUGAACAUCAAUAUGAUCCUAAGAGCUUUCGAGUACUAUCUUGCUUGUAUAUAUUGUUAUGUAAUUUUCAUAUAAUGUGACAUGCAAGGAUUUUACAA